AUGGAGUUGCGUCGGAAAAUCGCUUGGCGCAUUUUGCCCCUCUUUCUAUUGGGCUUUUUGCUGACUGUGGGCGAGGCUUAUCUGAAGAGUGUCCGGGUGGAGGAGAUACCUUUUGCCGGGAAAAAGGUCCAGGUCCUGGCCAGUCGACGGUCCAGCGGCAUUCAUCUCAUCUCCAGUCUGGAGCAUCAGCGCACAUUUCUGCACCUAUUUCAUGUGCCCUACAUAAUUUGCUUCUACGCUGCCAAAGGAAAGUGGCCCUAUGUUCCAGGAUUUAUGAAGUACCGUGUUGACAAUGCAGCUCGCAGUUUUUUCAACCAAAACGACAGUUUCAUCAAACAGUUUUGCACAAAGUGGAUUCAGGUCAAGGAGUGCUUUCGUCCCCUAUUCGAUAAAUCAAAUACCACCACAGAUGUGGAGGUGGAGACACUGAAUGCAAAAAUUCAGAAACAGGGGCAGGGGCAGACUUGCAACUGCGACAAGCUGCUGCUCUCAACUGAGGCACCUGUACCGGUUGUCUACUUCGAUAAGAACUACAUUGGAAAUGUAAGCUCGGAAACUAUUAUGACAACCAUUGAAUUCCUGGAGAGUUUUCUGCCACCACCCACUAAAAAACACAAACGCAAGAAUCGCGUGCGCGGACGCCUCGAUGAUAUUGAUAUAGAAUAA